AUGCCUAAAAAAUAUUGUAGCGAUACUAAUUUGAAAAAUAUAAACCUGCUAAAUUUGAAUGACGAAGAAUACGAUGACUGCCAGUACGUCCUAACCAGUCCUAGAUCACUUCAAGCCUGUGCUAAUCUCGAGAUCAGACCAAUAGAGUUAUUGACGAAAAUGUUUAGAGAAUUCGGCACAGUUGAAAUGUAUGAGGACUACGAAAAGAAAAGAUUAAGAAAGUUGAAUGAGUGUAUUGAAGAAAGGGAGAAAUUAUCAGCAAGUAAUUUAGCGUUGGUGGGCUGCACAAGACCAAAACAAAUGGCUCUCGUAAAGAGAAGGAAACUCAACUGGAAACCAACACUAGAUAACAUCAAGAGCAAUAAAAACAUCAGUAACAUCAAUAACAUCAACUACAACAACAUUCAUGACACUAAUUACACUAACGAAAAUGACAAUAACAAACGAAUUAUGCUAUAUCGGCCAACGUCAGACGAUGAUAGAGUUGUUGGCUUUUUGAAGAAAAGGUUGGAAACUGAAGGGAAAAUGCUUCAAAAGCAGAACAGGCGAGAGGUAAUGGAACUAAAGCAAAGGGAUUGGAAAGACCAAUAUGGGCAUUAUCUUGAAAUUAUGCAAAACAAAUCAGACUUAAUAUCGAAGCAGCAUUUUAUAAGACGCAGAAACUCGUCCAGAAUAUCGAACGAGAGAUUACGUUUAACGAGAGAGCAGCUGAGAAGGAGGCGACCGAGCUACGAUGAUUUCAACGAGAAGGACAAACAGACUAAACUGGAACUCCGUCACGUGCACAAGAACUUCCACGAUGACGACUGCUAA